UCUCUCACACAGUUACACUGUUCCUAAUUGUCUCUUCUUUGAUCAUAUCCUCAUUUUACUCCUCCUCUCUGUCUCUUUGUUUGAAGUUCAUGGCGACAAUCGGACACAACAAUCUCAAUGCGAAGCUUGUUCUGCUGGGCGAUAUGGGCGCCGGCAAAUCCAGCCUCGUAUUGCGCUUUGUGAAGGGACAAUUCCUCGAAUUCCAGGAGUCGACAAUAGGAGCGGCGUUCUUUUCUCAAACCUUGGCUGUGAACGAUGUGACUGUGAAGUUUGAAAUAUGGGACACUGCUGGACAAGAGAGGUAUCACAGUUUGGCUCCAAUGUAUUACAGAGGUGCUGCUGCUGCUAUUAUUGUUUAUGACAUUUCUAGCACUGAUUCAUUUGCACGAGCUAAGAAGUGGGUGCAGGAACUCCAGAAGCAAGGGAACCCUAACAUGGUUGUGGCGCUUGCUGGGAAUAAGGCUGAUUUGGAAGACAAAAGGAAAGUAACAGCUGAAGCGGCACGUGCUUAUGCUGAAGAAAAUGGCCUUUUCUUUAUUGAGACAUCUGCCAAAACUGCUUACAAUGCGAAUGAAAUCUUUUAUGAAAUAGCUAAAAGAUUGCCUAGAGCUCAGCCUGCCCAGAGCCCAGCUGGGAUGGUGCUAGUGGACAGACCGUCCGAAGGGUCCCGAGCUGCGUCAUGCUGUUCUUAGUCACACCUUAAAUGUUUGUUAGUCCUUUCUGACCUUUUUUUGUUAUUUUUUACUUGAAUUGCUCAAAUACAUAGCCCGUACACUCGACUAAACUUUUGGAAAUUGGAAUUAAUCUUCUGUACAAGUAAUUGCAUCGAAAACAUAUAUCUGUUGUAUGGAAAAUACUUGUCUCAAAACAAAUUCGUGGCAAUACAAAUAGUCUAUAUUACAGGGCUUGGAA